UUGAGUUGCUGGAGAGGCUCCCUUCCAUCAUGAACAACUCGCCGGUACAAUUGCUCCUCCUCACUCUUCUCCCCCUGCAACUCCUCUCCUUAGCUUCUCGACUCCUUCACAAGCCCUUAGCUCAGCGUUUCAACGCUGCUCGAUCAGCGCUGCUCCUUGUCUCAAUCCCCAUCUUACUCUCAGCGAUCUUCGCCUUCCCGAAUGCUGAGCCCUCCAAGGACGUUGCUUUCUCCUCCGAGUUGGAGAAAUUAAAGCUCAAGAUCGAUCAUUUGGAGUCCAUUUUGCAAGAGAAUGCUAGAAUCUUGAAUACUAAAACUCAUCAUCUUGAUGAAGAAAAGAUGUUGGCUGAGGCAUUGGAGCUCAAGAUCAAUUCUCUAGAAAGAUCCUUAGAUAGCCUUAAGAGAUCAGGGUCUUCAGGCUCAUCAUAUAGUGAAAUAAGGAUCAGCUCUUUGGAGGAAGAGGUUCGGCUACUAUGGGCAGAAUCAAGGGGGAACAAUUUUGAUAUUCAUAUGUUAGAAUCUAAAGUGAUAGAUGCAGUGAAAAAUUUAGAAGCGGUAGCUUCUGCAGUAGAUAAGCUGGAUAACUUAGUUACAGAACAGUGGAUUCAAAUACAACAACUUGAGCAAGCACUCCAAAUGGCAAAGAUAAAUGUGGCAAAAGUUCACAAAAAAAGUGCAUCAAAGUUUCAGAUUAAAGGAAAAAAUAUCAAGGACAAAAUAUCAGAGGGAAUAUUUUAUCCUUUCCAAGAAGUAGUUGGCUUGCCUGAUUCCUUUUGGCUAGGGAAUCCUGUCUCAAGCUCACUUAUAUCUCAACUUCUAGAUCUGGUGAGGAGGAUCAUGUCAACCACAAAAAACUUUCACUAUGAGCUUCAAUAUUUUGUCAAACAUGUUAUGGAGACGAAUGAUUUUACUGUAUCAUUUGCCAAUAGAGAGGUCAUCUUUUUCUUGGCUUCUGCAAUUUUUAUUUUGCCAUUAAUCAAUGCUUGGGUUUUCUUUUGGUCGCUUUUACGUCAAUCAUGGUGAAGAGAAGACUUAUCGUUUGACAGAUGGCAACUCAGCCCGGCCAAAAUGCAAUGACUUUAUUCUCCUUCACGUGCAUAACACAUGAGGAGUCUUUGAAUUUGGAAAUCAACUGGAGUAUUAGGGUGUAUUUGAGCCAAGCUGUUCUUGAGCGGCUUGGUGUUCGGCUCGAUAAGGGCUCGUUUGUGUUCAGCUCAUAUUGUAAACGAGCCAAGCUUGAACAUCAUUUUUAAGCUCGAUUAAUAAACGAGCCAAGCUUGAGCAGCUGAAAGCUCGGCUCGUUUUGGCUCACGAACACAGCUCAUGAACAAGCUAAUUUAUAAACUUGGUUGUGAGCUCGUUUAUAUAUAUAUAUAUAUAUAUAUAUGGGUAUAGUAAGGUGUACAUGUGACUAUGUCGUUGUUGUCAAUUUGAAUCACACAUAUAAGGCUCUAAACUACUAUUCGAAGGCUCAGCUCGUUAAUAGCUCGGGUUAACUAGUUCAUUAAGUUAAAUGAGCUCGUAAGAUAAACGAGCCAAGCUUGAACAUUACCAAGUUCGGCUCAUUAAAUCUUAUGAACAACUUGUUUAUUGUAUAAUUAAAAGCUUGU